AUGUUUCAAUUUUAAAAGACAUUAGCUUUUUUAUUUUAUUAUAUCUACUUAUUAUCUGCACAAUAUUUAAAGCUUUAAGAUUGCCAAGCUUAAGGAUAAUUCUAUAGCUCUUAGCUACCCUAAUGUGGAUAAUGUUCGCAAGAUUGCUUUAACUGUUUUGAUGAUUAGAGAUGCAUUUAUUGUCAGUAAAUGUACUAUUAAGAGUCUUUGGGAUCUAGUUGUGUAAAUUCUUGUUAGGAAGGAUAAUACGCUGAUCAUUAUUUUAGAGAAUGCAAAAAUUGCUUAGUUAGUAAUUGUUUGGUCUGUAAUGAAGAACAAGUUUGCUUAAAAUGUAAAUAAGGAUGGAUUUUAAGUGAUGAUGGUUCAAGUUGCAAAAACACUAAAUGCAAAAAUAAUGAAGAAACAUACUAUGACUAAGAAACUGAUACUUGCAAGCUUUAUUGUAGUGAAGGUUAAGAUUAAAAUUCUAUGUAAUGCUUUAAAUUUAGAAAAAUUAAUGGUGUUACUGAAGAGGUGCUUAGAUUAAAUAAUUCAAAUAAUUUAGAUAUAUACUAGAUAGGAAUACUGUAAAUUGAACGUUAAGCAACUGUAAUUGCUUUAGACCUCGAAAAAGCAGUUUAUUAUAGUUACCCUGACUUAAUACCUUACUUUGAAAUAAGUUUUAACUAAACUGCUUAUUUUACUUUCUUAAAAGGAGAUUAUAUAUUUGUGAUAUUUAGUGAUUAAAACAAUUUCUCAAGAAUAAAUAUUUAAACUACACGUAUUGAUUAUUACCAGCUAGAACAAUGUGUUAAUCCAGUUGUUGAAUAAAAUUAUUUAAUUUGCAUCUAAAAUAACUUAAAUGAUUUUAAUAUAUUAGAUUUAGAUAGUAAGCCAUUUAAUUUAUUCAAAUUGUAAUCUUAAAGUAGGGUUUUAUAACAAUAAAAGUUCGAUGCCAAAUAAAAUAUUCGUUUUGGUGAUUUAUAAUAGAAAAUAAUGAAAAAUUAAAAAGCUGAAGAAAAAAUAAGCUUAUUAAAUGAAUAAUAAUAUGAAAAAAGAUACUUAUAAAAUUAACCUUAAAAUACUGAUAAUUUUGGUUGCUUUAUAAAAUCUCCAUAACAAUUUGAUUACUAACCAAAAUUAAUAGUAAAUAUAUUGAAAUAAAGUAAAAUUUAUCAGUUUGAAUAAAAGAAAUCUUAAGUAGAUAAUGAUAAUUAAUAAACUAAUGUAUAUCUUUUAAGCAAUAUUAAUUUGCUUUUAGUUUACUAAUAAAUAACAUCUUUACUUUAUUCUUUUGAUACUUAGAAUUUUAAUAAUUAUAAUGUGUUGAUUUAAUUCUAAAAUAUUAGCUAAGUUGCUUGUGCUUCUUCAUUUAAUAACGAUAUUCAAUUAUUCCUUAUCAACAAAAUAGAUUCUUCAAUUGGCUAUUAUUUAUCAAGCACUUAAGAUUCAGGCAAUUAUCAAUUUAAUUAAACAAAAGCUACUUAAUUUUAAUAACCUAAUCUUGGUAAUUUACAAUAUUGCAAAUUUGUAAACUAGUCAAAAGCUAUUUUUAUUUAAGGAAAUAACGAUAGAUUAAUUGCAGCUUUUUCCUUAAAAUAGCGUAUUUUUUGA